GCUUCCCGGACCGUAGCUGCCUGUCACCGCUCGACAUCACACGGAGGAUUUGCUACAAUGUCAAACAUCCACAAGCAGCGCGAGCUCAUGGCUUCCCCGCGCCACAAUGACAAGCGUCACCGCGUCCUGCUGCUCAUCCUCUAAACACACACCUCCAGUCACUUUUUAUGGGUUUAUUCCAUGUUCCUGGACAGGAUGCGUCUGAGGUCUAUGUGAGUGUGUGAGCCAGGUCGGAGGUCAUGCUGCGGAGGGAAUCUGACUCCCACGGCCUCUUUUCCUCCGGAGAGACGUCUGACAAUGACUGUGAGAUGGGGGCGAGUUGUGGAGAGGUAGAUGUAGUGUGUCUGUGCGAGGCCGGUCCCUGUACACUUUAUUCAGAAGCACACACGCCUACGCCGGACACACUGCUGUGUGAACACUGUGGAAAAAACAGGGUAAUAAUAACCAGGUACUCUGAAGGAUACGGCACAGAGGAGGAGUGUGUACUGUCUGACCCUCAGGGGGAGAGCGAUGCAGAUGCUGAUAUAGAGGAUACAGACUGCAGACUCCAGGAGCCAGGUUCUCUCCAGCGAAUCAGCUCCCGGAGACGUAAGCGUCCGCGGGUAGCGCGGCAAGACACCACGGAGAGCGAGGACGACGGCGGGCGAAGCCACAGAUCACAUCGCUGGAACCUCAGGCUCAGUCCUGACAGAGCACACAGCAGGACCAUACUGGAGGAAAGCAUAUCACAGGUCAGGCCUCUGGUCAUCUGCCGGCCAAACAUGGAGAAACAAAAGAGUCCGGUGGAGCUGCCACAAGGCCCCAAGCGUCUGAUGUCUCUGUGGCCAUCUUCCCUCUCUCUGCCUCUCAUCCUCCUCCUUUUGCUGCCCCUCUCCCUCUCCCUUGUCAUUGUUAUCGUGUCUUUCCUUUUACCGUGGGCCAGCGCUUGACCCAGCAUUUCUGUUUGAGGGGAACAGCUUCAUGACAAACAGUUCCACCAUAGCACAAAAUGGAAACAUAAAUAUGGUGCUUUAUACAGGGUAUAAACGUAUAGAUGUGACCCUCCAUAUUUUAAUGCUUUCCUCCCAGAAUAUACAGAUUUCAAACACCUUUUCAUUUUGGCUUCAUUAACAUCAGCAACGCUUCAGAUACUUUCAUUAUGCGCCUGGUGAUCCAUCCAGAAUCUGUUCAUGAUGGAAACAACAUCAACUCAGCGCACGCUUUUGCCUCAUGAAAUCUCACCUUCUCACUUUCUCACCCCCUCGUUUGUAUAAAUAGCCCUCUCGUCUCGCUCCUUAUUCUAACGAGCCGCAGGAGUGAUACGCGGGGGAAAGGUUUCAGGGCUGCACAGGUACAUUCAAAAAGGGAAAUAACCGGCUCCGUCAUAAAAUUCGAAUAAGAUGAUGCUGCUGAACUAUGCAAUUCUCCUGUUCCUACCGCGGCAUCUUAACUGCUGUUAAAAAGAAGUCUCCAGAUUCUCUGGCACUGUCAUCACCUCCUUGGCCCCUUCCCUUUUCUCUUUGGAUUGCAGGGAGUUAUGAUUCUAAAAUAGAUCAUGACCCAAUUUAAAAAGCAAUAGUAGAAGAGAUCUUAUAUAGCUCAUGAUCUGCAGUGCAUCUGUUGGUUUAAUGAGUGGAUUACAUGUAUUAAUUUACUUGUUGCAGACUGUCUUUUUCUUCCUGGCUGCACACGUGUAUGAUUUUAGUAAAAUAAGCCGACCUCACAAUAAAACAAGCUUUAGUGGUAAUUUAUUAUGUUAAAGCAAUUCAAACACUUAAAACAGUCUUACAGUUGAUUAUUAUGAUGUUUGAUGAUAUUUAUGUUUUAUCUAUAAUGUUAAUUAAGAAAAAAAGUGAGCUUGACAAUCAGUCACACUAGUUAUUCCAAGCUGAAAUAACUGAAAAAAAAAAGACGUGGCUUUUCUGUACCGUAUGUUUAAUGUUACUUUGUUUUUGUAUGUUUUUAAAGUUGUGAUGAUUUUUUUUUU